AUGUCAGCGAUUUACAAAGCAUUACAAUCCAAGUCGUCCAAGGAGACGUCUGAAAAGGCCAAGCAUAUAAAUAGACAAAGAUUGUUGGUGAUAUCAUCCCGUGGUGUUACUUACAGACAUCGUCAUUUGAUUAGUGAUUUGGUUGCACUUUUACCACACGCUAGAAAGGAGCCUAAAUUCGAUUCCAAAAAGAACUUGUAUCAGUUGAACGAAGUUGCUGAGUUGUACAAUUGUAAUAAUAUCUUUUUUUUUGAGUCUAGAAAACAUCAAGAUUUAUACUUAUGGAUUUCGAAGCCUCCUAAUGGUCCUACUUUAAAAUUUCACAUUCAAAACUUACACACCUUGGAUGAAUUAAACUUCACCGGUAACUGUUUGAAAGGUUCCAGACCAAUAUUGAGUUUCGACAAGUCGUUCGAAGUCACCGACCACCAUAAAUUAUUAAAAGAAUUAUUCACGCAUACUUUUGGGGUUCCUCCUAAUGCCAGAAAAUCGAAGCCUUUCGUUGACCACGUUAUGACCUUCUCUAUAGUCGAUAACAAAAUCUGGAUCCGUAACUACCAGAUUAACGAAACCGUCGAUUCUAAAGAUGCUAGUGAAUUGAACCCUGAAGAAUUAUCCUUAGUCGAAAUCGGCCCAAGAUUUGUCUUGACUUUAAUCACCAUUUUAGAAGGUUCAUUUGGUGGCCCAAAGAUCUACGAAAACAAGGAAUAUGUUUCUCCUAACUUUGUUAGAGCUCAAUUGAAACAACAAGCUGCAGACCAAGCCAAGUCCAGAGCUUCUGCUGCUUUGGAAAAGAAGUUGAAGAGAAGAGAUCAAGUGUUGAAGAAAGAUCCUUUAGCUAACGAUAGUUUAUUUAAGGAAUAA